CUUCAGUCUCGCGUCGCCUUCCACAGUGACGAACGAUCUCCUUCACUGCUUACGAGCCGUCCCUGAGAUCUCGAACCACACAUCAGCACACAACUUGUCAAAAUGCCUGCCAGCCACUCCGAACAACUCAGGGCCGUCAUUGAGAACAAAGGCCUCAAGUUCCACCUCAAGGCCGGGAACGCCAAGUGGGAGUGCACUAUCUACGACCGCAACACACAUGAGAAGCGCAAGGCAGAGCGCACCAAUUCCUCCUCGUCCGUCUCGACGACCGGGCCAAGCUCGUCGCCCAGCUCGAGCACCAAGUCGCACUAAACCGUCAUCACACCUUACAAAAUUCGUUGAAUCGUUGAAGAGAGGCUAUCACUCCGUUGAGUUGACCUCUUCGCAGUGAGGGCAGAACGACACACAAGCCAACGGGUUCUUGUUUGCCCUCAUUAUUUUUCUUGGCUCUGUUCUUUGCGCAUAAUACCCAACCGGUACGGAGUAUGGCACACAUUAUUUUUGAACCCUGAGAACAAGGGGGGAAUGGAGUUUGGGAUUGCGGAUGAGACGGAUCGGGCGGCUGAGGGAUUGGUGGGGGAGAGCUCGGUGACGGGAUCCGGGUAAUCAGAUGCACCCCACCGGACUGUGGACCCUGACGAGAGGGAUUCCCCCCCGCAAAGCGCUCUGACUUUCGCGAGACCCCGAAUCCGAGCCGCUAUGGCGCUCUCUCUCCACGUCCGCACGACCGCCUGGCCUCGUUUCUCCCUUUUCCAACCUGACCUUUCCGGCGUUUUCAGGGCGGUUGGGCAAAACUUGGGGGAUCUCGGGAGUUGUCAUCAAACAUCAGUCAUGUUUUUAUGGGCGUUACGACGGGGCUUGUUUCAUCGAGACUGGAAGGGACGAUGUCAUCCAUUGGCAGCUAAAAUAGAAUGUUUCGUUUAAUCCUC